AUGUUUACUUUCACUCCUCUACUGGGCGCACAAUCAUCAUCCUCCAGAGCUUCACAGUCAAUCUUGGAGCUUGAUGGAGGAAUCAAGAUCCUAGUAGAUGUGGGUUGGGAUGAUACCUUUGACACCCGCGAUCUGGCGGAGCUCGAAAAGCAUAUUCCCACCCUUUCGCUCAUUCUCUUGACCCAUGCAACCCCAGCACACAUCGGCGCAUUUGUCCACUGCUGCCAAACAUUCCCUCUUUUCACCAAAAUCCCCAUAUAUGCGACAAGUCCGGUUAUUUCUCUCGGGCGUACUAGCCUACAGGAUCUCUAUGCAUCUGCGCCGCUCGCUGCUACUUUCCUCCCCAAUGCGUCCAUCUCCGAACCUGGUGCACCCUCAACGGCGUCAGCGGGAACCAUCGGGGAGGGCGAAGGAACCACCGAAGCUGCAGGCAGCACAGGACGAAUCCUUCUCCAGCCGCCGACAGCGGAGGAGAUUGCCCGAUACUUUUCUCUCAUCACACCCCUGAAAUAUUCACAGCCUCACCAACCUCUUCCUUCACCAUUCUCACCGCCCCUGGAUGGGCUCACGCUUACUGCUUAUAAUGCCGGACAUACCGUUGGUGGAACAAUAUGGCACAUCCAGCAUGGCAUGGAGUCUAUCGUGUACGCGAUGGAUUGGAACCAAGCGCGCGAAGGUGUUGUGGCGGGUGCAGCGUGGUUCGGCGGCUCCGGAGCCAGUGGAACGGAGGUCAUUGAGCAACUACGCAAGCCAACUGCCUUGGUUUGCAGUACCCAAGGCGGUGAUAAGUUUGCUCUGUCUGGUGGCCGGAAGAAGAGAGAUGAUCUCCUUCUCGACAUGAUUCGAAGCAGCCUUGCAAAGGGUGGCACUGUCCUCAUUCCGACAGACACUAGUGCUCGAGUGCUCGAACUUGCAUAUGCGCUAGAACAUUCAUGGCGUGAUGCAGCAUCGGGGGAGAAGGAAGAUGUGCUGAAAGGUGCAGGUCUAUAUCUGGCUGGCCGGAAGGUCAACACCACGAUGCGCUUAGCUCGGAGUAUGAUUGAGUGGAUGGAUGAAAGUAUUGUUCGUGAGUUCGAAGCCGCCGAAGGUGCCGAUGGAGGCACUGGCCAGCGAGCUGGUGGACAGAGCCAGGAGAAAAGCAGCAAAGGCGUUGGACCAUUCAAUUUCAAGCACCUGAAGACCAUCGAGCGGAAGAAGAGUCUGGAGAAACUCCUGUCGGAAAAGGGACCCAAGGUCAUCCUUGCUUCCGAUACCUCAUUGGCGUGGGGAUUUUCAAAGGAAUCCCUACGUCGAGUCGCCGAAGAUCCCAACAAUCUGCUGCUAUUGACAGAGUCAUACCGCAGAUUGGCGUAUGAAGAAACUCUGGGGUCACCAUAUACCAUCUCCCUCGGGAGUAUUAUAUGGCAGUGGUACGAGGAGCGCCGCGAUGGUGUAGCCCUUGAAAAGACUUCGGAUGGCGAGUUGCUCGAACAAGUUCAUAGUGGUGGACGAGAGCUAGCUUGGACCGAGGUACAACGAGCACCUCUGGAUGCCAGUGAUCAAUUGCUUUAUCAGCAAUACCUUGCCACUAAACGGCAGCUGCAGGAUACAGCUCAAGUCCGAGGCGGCCAGGAGACUCUCGAGAAUGCAGCAGAUGCUUUAGACGAUGGGUCUAGUUCCACCUCUUCAGAGGACUCAGAUUCAGAGCAGCAAGGUCGUGUCCUUAACUUCUCUACCUCGCUCGCCCAUUCGAACCGAAACAAACUGGCGGUCAGCGACGAAGAUUUGGGUAUCAACAUUCUUCUACGACGCAAACACGUCUACGACUACGACGUACGCGGUAAAAAGGGACGGGAACGAAUGUUCCCAUACGUGGCGCCAAGGAAGAAGGGCGACGAGUAUGGAGAGUUCAUUCGUCCCGAGGAGUAUCUACGUGCGGAGGAACGCGAGGAGAUUGACAUGCAGCAACGGCGAUCGGACGCACAAACAAAACUUGGCCAAAAGCGGAAAUGGGAUGAGACCACUGGGACUGCGGGGCGAAAGCCAUCCGGCGGCGCAGCAGGUCGUAAACGCCAGCUCUUGUCCAAGGACGGCCAAAGGGUGGACUCCGGUGCAGGCGAUGAUUUCAGUCUUGUAUCUGAUGGCGACGUUGGCGAUGAUGCGGGAUCUUCUGACGAAGAAGAAGAAGAAGCGGAUGCCCAACCAUUUGAAGGCCCUUCCAAAGCUGUGUAUAGCAAGGAAACCAUCACAAUCCACGCCAGGAUCGCCUUUGUUGAUUGUAUGGGCUUGCACGAUAAGCGAAGCUUGGAGAUGCUGAUUCCUCUUAUCCAGCCACAGAAGCUGAUUCUCGUGGGUGGAAUCAAGGAGCAGACCGCAGCAUUAGCGGCCGAAUGCAAGAAACUUCUGGCGGCCAAGGCCGGAGUUGAUGUCUCUGCGUCUGCAGCAGACGCAGCUGCUAUCAUCUUCACACCCAGUAAUGGCGAAGUCAUCGACGCAAGUGUGGAUACGAAUGCCUGGAUGGUGAAGCUGAGCAACAACCUUGUUCGUCGCUUAAACUGGCAGCACGUCCGCAGCCUUGGUGUCGUUGCUUUGACUGCCCAACUGCGAGGACCUGAACUCUUCGCGGGAGAAGGUGAUCUCGAUGCGGAGGCGACUAGCAAGAAAUUGAAGUUGAUUGAAGAUGGAACAACUGCUUCGGCCGUCGUUCCAACCACAGACAUUGUCGCACGGAUUGGUGACAAAUCGGAUACCUUCCCGCUUCUCGACACCCUACCUGCCAGCAUAGCCGCAGGCACCAGAUCUGUCGCUCGGCCGCUCCAUGUUGGCGAUUUGCGUCUCGCUGAUCUUCGUAAACUCAUGCAGGCCGCUGGCCACAUCGCGGAGUUCCGGGGUGAGGGAACCCUUCUUAUUGAUAAAUCUGUGGCGGUUCGCAAAUCUGGAACUGGUAGAAUUGAGAUUGAGGCUUCUGCUCAGUUCGCUACCAACCAGACCACGAUGGGUCGCGGUGCGGAUAGUUUCCUUGCAGUCAAGAGGAAGAUCUAUGAAGGUUUAGCGGUUGUGGCAGGAAACUAG